AUGGGUGGAAGCUUAGUCAAACUUUACAAGAGCGUUGAAAAUCUCAGUGACACAUACAUACAACCUGCUACUAACAAGGACGAGGCCUUGCUGAAACCUACGACACUUUCUGCUGGAGCUAAUGUCCUUCGGAUUUUGACCGACGAUGAUCCAAAGGCCUGCCGAACAGUUCUGUUGUGCGACCAGUUGCUGAAUGUUCUCUAUCUGUGUCUAUUGAUUGACACUACAUAUUUUGUUUGUGCUUUUGCUUCUUGGGGCUUGAAGCUGGUGAAGGCAUCAUUGGAGUCAAAAACAUCUCUUACAAAUGUUUUCCCUGGUAAUGACAGAUUUGUAUGUGUAGAGUUGCUUUGUGGUCGACUAAUGAUGCAGAGUCCAAGGUCUGUCCUUAAUAUCCCCUCAAUGGCUACCACCAGCAGCGCUAGCGUGAGUUUGAAGCUUCUGAUUGACACAAAAAGCCACAAAGUUCUGUUUGCUGAAGCAAGCAAGGAAGGUCUGAAAUUGCUCAAGGCAUCAUUCGAGUCUAACGCAGUUCUCACCAAUGUCUUCCUUGAGAAGAAAGAGGAGUAA